AUGAAACAAAUUUUAUCGGAAUUGGAACCGAGUAUUGAUGCAAAUUCCAUUAUCGAACUAAAAGAACGCGUUAAUAUUCUCUGUGCUCGUUUUCUUGGUGGUGCAUGGAAAAAUAUUUCGGUUCAAGAAUUGAUUAUACAACGCCUUAGAGGUGGAAUGAGUAAUAUGCUUUUUUUGUGUAAAUUACCAUCGAAGAUAGUUCCAAUUCGAAAUGAACCCGAUAAAGUUCUUUUACGGAUUUAUUUCAAUCCGGAAACCGAAAGUCAUUUAGUCGAUGAAUCAGUGAUAUUUACUUUACUUUCUGAACGACAUCUUGGACCAAAAUUAUAUGGUGUUUUUAAUGGUGGACGUCUUGAAGAAUAUAUUCCGUCAAGGCCAUUGUCAUGUAGCGAAAUAUCGAUGAAACAAAUGUCGAACAAAAUCGCUAGGCGCAUUGCACGCAUACAUUGCCUUGAAUUGCCUAUUUGGAAGGAACCUGAUUAUAUUUGUGAUACAAUGCAAAGAUGGUUGACUCAAAUAAUGGAAACACCAAGUGGAUCUCAUUUAUUUACAGUUCCUGAUAUUUACUGUCCUUGGGCACCAAAGGAAGUUAGUUGCACACAAUUAGGAGACGAAAUUGAGUUUUUAAAAUGCUGCAUUAAUAUGACUAAAAGUCCCUGCGUAUUUUGUCAUAAUGAUCUUCAAGAAGGUAAUAUUUUAUUAUUAAAUACGAACUAUGGAAAUAUUCGUCAGUCAUCUAUUGACGACGAUUUCUCUAGCGAAUCAUCAUCGAACGAAUUCAACUUAGAUGAUCCACAUCUUGUUCUUAUCGAUUUCGAAUAUGCAAGCUAUAAUUACAGAGGAUUUGAUUUUGCGAAUCAUUUUAUUGAAUAUACGAUUGACUACAGUUUUAAUACUUAUCCUUUCUAUGAAAUUAAUAACGAUAAUUUUCCAUCGAUUCAACAACAAAUCGAAUUUUUUGAAUCAUAUAUUCAAGAAAGUGAACCGAAUUUAUCAAGUGACGAGAUUCGUGAGAGAGCACUAGCGAUGACCGAGGAAACGCUACCAUUUGUUGCUGUUUCUCAUCUUUUUUGGGCAAUUUGGAGUUUUCUUCAAGUUGAAGUUUCACCAAUUGAUUUUGGAUUUGCUGAAUAUGGAUUAGACCGAUUGGGAUUAUAUUUUGCGAAUAGAAAACAUCUAAAAAAUCUGCUAACAAAUAAUAAUCAGAAAUGA